UGUUAGUAUGCGAGAUUCAGCACGCGCUAAAACCAAGAAACUUUCUCAAGAUUUCCCUGCUUUUCUUCUGUUGGCUAUUUGAAUCUUUAUUGUUGUCUGAUUGGUUGGAGUGACGAGUUGACUGGCAGUUACCUUUUACCUUUUGCUGUCUGUAGCUGUUUACAAUUUACACUAUUCAAUAUAGAAGCAGAGAUCAUUGCCAUCAGGAAAUAAGGCAACCUUCCAACUUGCAGCAGCUCUCGGGUGUGUGAAUCUAGGUGAAGCUAACAGCGCUUUGGGUACCAUGAACAUGAUUAAUUCUAACAAUUCUGAUAACCUAACCGCUGGGAACAGAAACUCAACUAAUAUGAUUUUUACAAAAACUGAUGGAAACGGUUUAAUUGACUCUGAAAACCUUUCUAUUACUCAGUCGGAUCAAGUAUCCGAAAGUCCAAUUUAUACAAAUUACUCGAACCAAGACAUCAAAACUUCGAAAGCAAGUUGUGAAAUUCCUGCUGAUGAGUGUUGGUUAUUCAAACCACCAAAGCUUCAUCAAACACAAGUUCUACUGGGUUUUUUUGGAAGUGACUUUUUGCUGGCAAUGGAUUCCGAUCUACCAAACUGUGGAAAUAGUCAAACUGAUGUUACAGCUUCAUAUGAGGAAAUAAAAAAAGUUUGUGAAAACUACGAAAAGUUUACUGGAUCUGAUAUCAGUUUGAGUGAAUUUUAUUCAGAAAAGCUAAAGUUAAACUAUAUCCGAGACGAUUAUGAAACUAUAAAAUAUGAAUUAUCACUGAUUAAAACAAAUUGUCAACGUGCUCGAAACGCACUUUUAGCCGCUGGAUUUCAGUGUCCCGAUGAUUCGGCAAUAAAUUCCCAUGAAGAUGUUGCAGCUGUACACUCUCCUGUUAAUUUGUAAAUUGUUGAGUUUGGAAUAGGGUUUACACUUUACUCUGGGUUAUUCAGCUCUACUUUGAUAGCGUUAUGCAACAUUUGUAUUUUGUAUUCACUAGUCACUGUGUAAACGUAAAUUUGUUAUACCUCUCUGUCUCUCUCUCGCUGGUCCUUAACAGGAAACUGAUUUGAACUUCAUUCACUUAUUCUGCUUUCUUGUUUUCACUUUGCUCCUCUUUUGAGCUUAUGACUUUGUUAAAUUACUUCGAUUAUACUUCUUAAAUACUGUAAAUGUUAUCAAUAUUGCUAUUGUCAUUUUUUUUCUUCUUUGAGUUCACUGUGGUCGUUUUGGUCACUGUCUUAUAUGCAUACGUGUAAUCCUUUGGAAACAAUACGUAAUGAUGUUUGUUUACAAAUUAUUAUAGUCUUCAAUGCUUCUUCAUAUGUAUUGUCAUUGAUAAAAUUGGUUUCAGCUUCCA